GGGACGUAUUAUAUAGCUGAAGCCUAGACUGUUGAGGACCAACAAAGCUGCAGGUGCCACCGAGCGAAUUUCGCAUUUCACAAGUGUGGCCCUGCCAAAAGGUCGGAUAGCGGCACGAAGAAGCAUGGCUAUGAGAGAGGAGAGACAUACGAACGCGUGUAAUGAUGGAGCGCGACGGUCUAGAUGCGUACAAUGGGAGGGGAGUCGAGCCACCGAAGGCCAUCGGGGGCCACGGUUCACAGCGCCGGAGACAGUGCUGGGCGGCGGCGGCGAUAGCAGCGAGGACAAAGCAAGGCGGAAUACCGGACUAUUCCGCUAGCACGGCCGGGGGUUAGUAGAGAUAGCUUUAUGGAGGAACGGAGCGAUGUAACACGCAAGGAUUUGUGCGAUUAUGUAAAGCCGAGUGGGGCACUAGCCUCACUAGAAGUAUGAUGUACAACAUCGCAGGUCGACCGCCGUGCACAUGAUCAAGUGAACGGAGAACAAAGCAAGACUGC